AUGCAUCGCACAGUGCUGAACAUGGCGAGGCGCAUGAUUUUUGCGAUUGGUCUACCCUUAUAUUUCUGGGGAGACGCGGUUCUAGAUGCCACGUAUGUUCUCAAUCUCAGUCCCAGCAGUGCGAACCCAAAGCGUAUGUCGCCACUGGAGAUGUUGACUGGAGAGAUCCCCAGUAUAUCUGACAUCGUUGUAUUUGGGAGCCCGUGCACCAUUUACCGCAGCCCUGGAAAGAGAGCAUGGAAGCCUCAGGCUGAUAUCGGUAUAAUUGUUGGUAAGCAUGACGAAACGAAGGGUUACAAGGUCUACAUACCGCGCGAGCGAGUGGUUGUGACUACACAACACGUCAAGAAUGUUGAAAAGCUGGAUGAAGAUGGAAAUCGUCACUUCCAGGGGCAACUUCGACGUGAGGACCUGACGCUCAAGAAUUUUAUGCCGGAACACGAGAAAGUUGGCAAACGAAAGGAGCAGUUGACCUUUAACGCGUCUAAUGACUGA